UUAUCCUGGCUGUCAUAAGGCAAGUUUUAGGGAGCAGGAAGGAAGAAAUGCUGACCGCUAUCAGAAAUUUGGCCUAGUGGCCUCUCAUCAGGGAAAUGAGCUUGGUCUGUUCGGUGGGAGUUGUUCCACAGAGUUCAAAGGACAAGAAUGCUGUGUGUUCAUACACUGAGCUCUUCAAAGUAGGAACUUCGCCCUAUAAAGCAGAAGAGUGGUGUUUUUUUUCUUCUUCUUCUUCUUUUGUGGUUUCACAUAGCAAAUGAGUGACAGUCUCUACCUACAGACAAAGUGAGACGUCAGGCAUUGAGGCAUAGCUCCAUAGAAUUCAGUUUCUGAGAACCAGCCAGAAGCAUGCAGUGACAUUGCACAAUCUGCCUCUGAAGCUGGAGAUACUAGCUGCAGAGCUCAGGGGAGCUGCUCCACAUCACCGACAUGAAGGGAACAGGCAUCAUGGACUGUGCGCCCAAGGCACUCCUGGCCAGGGCACUUUAUGACAACUGCCCUGACUGCUCCGACGAGCUGGCUUUCAGCAGAGGGGACAUCCUGACCAUUCUGGAGCAACAUGUGCCAGAAAGCGAGGGUUGGUGGAAGUGUUUGCUCCAUGGGAGGCAAGGCCUGGCCCCUGCCAACCGCCUCCAAAUCCUCACGGAGGUCGCUGCAGACAGGCCGUGCCCCCCAUUCCUGAGAGGCCUGGAAGAAGCUCCUGCCAGCUCAGAGGAGACCUAUCAGGUGCCCACUCUACCCCGCCCUCCCACUCCAGGCCCCGUUUAUGAGCAGAUGAGGAGUUGGGCGGAGGGGCCCCAGCCCCCUACUGCCCAAGUCUAUGAAUUCCCCGACCCUCCCACCAGUGCCAGAAUCAUCUGUGAAAAGACUCUCAGCUUUCCAAAACAGGCCAUCCUCACGCUUCCCAGACCUGUCCGGGCCUCACUGCCGACUCUGCCUUCCCAGGUAUAUGACGUGCCUACCCAGCACCGGGGCCCCGUGGUCCUGAAGGAGCCAGAGAAGCAGCAGUUAUACGACAUACCAGCCAGCCCCAAGAAGGCAGGACUCCAUCCCCCAGCCAGCCAAGCAAGUGGGCAGGGUGUUCCCCUGGUAUCAGUGACUACCUUAAGAAGAGGCGGCUACAGCACAUUACCAAAUCCUCAGAAAUCGGAAUGGAUUUAUGACACUCCAGUGUCUCCAGGAAAGGCCAGCGUCAGAAACACGCCUCUCACCAGCUUUGCGGAAGAAUCAAGGCCCCACGCUCUCCCCAGUUCCAGCUCCACUUUCCACAGUCCUCCAAGUGGCAGAUCCAGGUCCCUCACUCCACAACUGAAUAACAAUGUGCCCAUGCAGAAAAAACUCAGCCUUCCAGAAAUUCCUUCUUAUGGCUUUCUUGUACCCAGAGGCACAUUUCCUUUGGAUGAAGAUGUCAGCUACAAGGUUCCUUCAAGCUUUCUGAUUCCCCGAGUGGAACGGCAGAACACCAAGCCCAAUAUUUAUGACAUCCCUAAAGCAAUGUCGAGUGUUUCUCAGGCUGGGAAGGAGCUGGAGAAAGCCAAGGAGGUGUCAGAGAAUUCCGCGGGCCAUAAUUCCUCAUGGUUCUCCAGACGGACAACUUCCCCAUCUCCUGAACCAGACAGAUUAUCAGGUUCCAGUUCUGACAGCAGAGCUAGCGUCGUUUCCUCGUGCUCCACCACAUCCACCGACGACUCCUCCAGCUCUUCCUCGGAGGAGUCAGCAAAGGAGCUCUCCUUGGACCUGGAUGUGGCCAAGGAGACAGUGAUGGCUCUGCAGCACAAGGUGGUCAGCUCUGUCGCUGGCCUGAUGCUCUUUGUCAGCAGGAAAUGGAGAUUCCGAGACUAUCUGGAGGCCAACAUUGAUGCAAUCCACAGGUCCACUGAUCACAUAGAAGAAUCUGUAAGAGAAUUUCUGGAUUUUGCCCGAGGAGUCCAUGGGACUGCCUGUAACCUCACUGACAGUAACCUUCAGAACAGAAUUCGGGACCAGAUGCAGACCAUCUCCAACUCCUACCGCAUCCUGCUUGAAACAAAGGAAAGCUUGGAUAAUCGCAAUUGGCCUCUGGAAGUUCUUGUGACUGACAGUGUCCAGAACAGCCCAGAUGACCUUGAGAGGUUUGUCAUGGUGGCACGGAUGCUUCCAGAAGACAUCAAGAGGUUUGCCUCCAUUGUCAUUGCCAAUGGAAGGCUCCUUUUUAAGCGGAACUGUGAAAAGGAAGAGACUGUGCAGUUGACCCCAAAUGCAGAAUUUAAGUGUGAAAAAUACAUCCAGCCUCCCCAAAGAGAAACCGAAUCACACCAAAAGAGUACCCCUUCCACUAAGCAAAGGGAAGAUGAACACUCUUCUGAACUAUUAAAGAAAAAUAGAGCAAAUAUCUGUGGACAGAAUCCUGGCCCUCUUAUACCUCAGCCUUCCAGUCAACAGACUCCUGAGAGGAAACCCCGCUUAUCUGAACACUGCCGGCUGUACUUUGGGGCGCUCUUCAAAGCCAUCAGCGCAUUUCACGGCAGCCUCAGCAGCAGCCAGCCCGCGGAGAUCAUCACUCAGAGCAAGCUGGUCAUCAUGGUGGGACAGAAGCUGGUGGACACGCUGUGCAUGGAGACCCAGGAGAGGGACGUGCGCAACGAGAUCCUCCGCGGCAGCAGUCACCUCUGCAGCCUGCUCAAGGACGUAGCGCUGGCCACUAAGAAUGCCGUGCUCACGUACCCUAGCCCUGCGGCGCUGGGGCACCUCCAGGCGGAGGCUGAGAAGCUGGAGCAACACACACGGCAGUUCAGAGGGACACUGGGAUGAGGACUGUCUACCUCCCUUCCUCCUCUGCUCACCUCUCAGCUUCACACCCACAACUUGUGCAACUCUGUCCUAUGGGAAAAGCCAGCCGGGGCAUACACCAAUGAGCUGAAACAGACCUGGUGCCCAAAGCUGGUAGUACCAAGUGGCUAAGCAACCCCAGGGCAUUGACUUACCCCGCAGGGGGUCAGGAAAGAGAGUCAGGUAUGAGGUAAAGACCUUGUGAAGUUUAGCAUAUAUGGAGUAUGCAGUAUCAGCUUGAAGUGACUUCGUAGAAAUAAUAUUUUAUAUUGAUUAAAUGUGUGCAUGUUUUGUUUGUUUGUUUUUUGAGACAAAGUCUCACUCUGUCACACAGGCUGGAGUGCAGUGGUGCGAUCUCAGCUCACUGCAACCUCCGCCUUCUGGGUUGAAGCAAUUCUCCCGCCUCAGCCUCCAGAGUAGCUGGUACUACAGGUGUGCGCCACCAUGCCCAGCUAAUUUUUGUAUUUUUUUAAUGAAAGGUCUCACAUAUUUAUUACUGAACCCAGCCAACCAAUGCAUUCAUAACAGAUUCAGAAAGAAAAAAUAUAUUCCCAAUAAGACAUGUACAAUUCUCCAGAGAGCGGUGACAUUUUCAGCUUGAUGUGGUAACAUGACUGUGACCUUCAGACAGCAUAAAUAUGUGUGCCCUCUCAUGUGCAAUUCCUUAUAGGGCUAGCUUGGUUCUUCUUCAAUGUCUCCUUUUGGAGUUGUACCUGAUUUUAUUACCAGUUUUCAUCUGAAUCCAAUGGGGAGUGGGGCGAUUUUGUUUUAAUUUCUUGGUCAGGAAUCACUUAAUCCUGAAAGUCUUAUGAGAAGACAUGGCAAGAAGCAGAGUCAAGCACACACCACAAUGGCAGAGAAAGGAAGAGCUAAUUUUUUGUAUUUUUAGUAGAUUCGGGGUUUCACCAUAUUAGCCAGGCUGGUCUGGAACUCCUGACCUCAGGCCAUCCCCCGACUCGGCCUCCCAAAGUACUGGGAUUACAGGCCUGAGCCACCAUUCCUGGCAUGUACAUGUUUUAAAUUCACUCAUUUAACACUUAUGUAUUGGAUGCCUACUACAUGCCAAGUUCUAGGUGCUGGAGACAUAGCAGUGUAUCAGAGGCCUUGCCCUCUUGGAACUUAUAAUCUAGUAGGGGAGUCAGACAGUAAAGCGGUGAAGAAAUACAUACACAGUAUAGCAGGUGCCAGGAAAAACGUAAGUAGGGGAAGCGCAAGCAAACUUAUCUUCAAAUGGUUAAUUUUUAUUGCAUCCAUUAGAUAAUAGAGUAAGUUUUUUGUUGUUUUGAAUUGAAUUAGUUCUGUGAGAUUGGUACAAAUUAUGUAUGUGUCUUGCACCCAUAAAUAUAUAUUUUUGCUAUGUUACUUUAACCUAAAGAUAGAUGUUAUAUUUACAACAUAACAUGAUCUGUUGGGUUCUCUAUUAAUUUAUUUCAUACAUUACAGAUUCUGGGUUGAUAAAUUCUGCUCAAUUUGAAAAAUUUUAUAUUUUGUCUCAAAUCUGUUACAAUUUAUAUUGGUUGGUGCAAAAGCAAUUGUGGUUUUUGCCAUAUGGCAAAAACCACAAUUGCUUUUGCACCACCCUAAUAAUAUUAAAUAUAAUCAUGACUUUAAA